AUGGAAGAUAUACAACCAAAUGUAGACCUGAAAAGCACUCAGGAGCAGUCUGUGCCCACAGAAAGUCCAACAGUUUUGAAUGACUACAAUUUAACCAAACCUCAUGAAAUAGAAAAUAUGGACAGCACAGAAGGCCCAACCAAUGAAGAUGAAGACAUAGGAGAUGAUUCAAUGAAAGUGAAAGAUGAAUACAGCGAAAGAGAUGAGAAUGUUUUAAAGUCAGAGCCCAUGGGAAACGCAGAAGAGCCCGAAAUUCCUUACAGCUAUUCAAGAGAAUAUAAUGAAUAUGAAAACAUUAAGUUGGAGAGACAUGUUGUCUCCUAUGACAGUGGCCGGCCAACCAGUGGAAAGAUGAAUUGCGAUGUGUGUGGAUUAUCCUGCGUUAGCUUCAAUGUCUUAAUGGUUCAUAAGCGAAGCCAUACUGGUGAACGCCCAUUCCAGUGUAAUCAGUGUGGGGCAUCUUUUACUCAGAAAGGUAACCUCCUCCGCCACAUUAAACUGCACACAGGGGAAAAACCUUUUAAGUGUCACCUCUGCAACUAUGCAUGCCAGAGAAGAGAUGCACUCACAGGGCAUCUUAGAACCCAUUCUGUCGAGAAACCCUACAAAUGCGAGUUUUGUGGAAGGAGUUACAAACAGAGAAGUUCCCUUGAGGAGCACAAGGAGCGCUGCCGCACGUUUCUUCCAAGCACCGACCUGGGGGACCCCGGUACUGUUUGGGGAUGGGUCGGGCUUUCCCAUCUCCGCAUAAGACUGCACGAUUUGAAUGUGCCCUGGCCACGGCUUCCCUGAC